AUGGCUAUUUAUAUUAUCGCAACUGUUCUUGAUCCAAGACUAAAAUUGGAUUAUUACGAAGAAAAUAAUUGGAGCAAAGAUUUUAUCAAUGGCAUUAAAGCAACUAUUCUUCAAAUCUAUAAAAAUAAUUAUGAAUCAUCUUCCUACGAA